AUGCAGCACUCUACCGUACUGCUCCUCUUCUUAUUCGGCCUCCUGGCGUCCCUGGGCCAGGUAUGCAGUGCCCAAAAUGGGGGUAUUGAGAUCACCCCCAUAUUCAAGGGCGUGGCAUGGGAUGCCGAGAAAGAGCACGUCGUGCGUCAAGCGCUUGCAGAUGCGGUACUCCUCGCCAAUGCGGCUUUUGACGACAGCGAUAAUCUCCUUUCGAAAACUGGCAGCAACAACAAAAUCAUAAACUUCGAGUCUGAAGCCGCAAUCGAAUAUUGGGGUCCGCCCAGCAAGACCCUUGGACUUAGACAGCGCAUUUACGAUACCUACUAUCGCGCCACUCAGAAGUCAAGGGGAAGUGGAUGGGUUGAUUGGUGGAACGGGCGAUACAUCGAAAUGUACCGCGAUGAAAAAGGGGCCCAAUGUAAGGGAGUUGAUACUGCAUACUGGUGGCCCCCAACACAGGGCGAUAGUAGCAGAAAAUACGACGCCAUCAUUUGGUGUGACCCAUUCUUCACCGUCCUCGAUGAUCACACAACGGUAGAGAAGCGGAUACUGGCGGAUACGACUGGCAAGUUUAAGCUCAAUACAAGAAAUAUGCGAAGCACAGGCCGCGACUCCACGCAAAUGAUCGGCGAUACCACGCCCAUCCCGUCGUAUAAGACCGGUCUUGCGAAGCUUCUAGCGGCGAGGGACGUCCAAAGCGCUGCACAAAACAACGAUAACUACGUUUAUUUCGCUGUCGCACGGUACAUGCAAAAGAAGUUUGGGGUAUACCCACCCUAUCCACGCAUGUGGAGUGUGAGUAGAACGAAAAAAGAGAAUUGGGCGAUUGAAGACAUGGAACCGGGAGCCCCUGGCCGCAUUUAUUUGGUGCUUGACUGGAAAGAAGAUUCUCAUUACGACCGCUUUAGCGAAAACACAGUCUCGGAUGCGCCUUACAUGAUGUCAAUCUACCCAGAAUGGUACCCGCCCAUCAGCUGGCCGGUGGACGGAUCGGCAAUCCCGUCUGCAGUGGGCAAGCUCGCCUUCUCCCACCCCAACAUAGACGACGUUGUAUGCCAGACGACCACCGAGUCCGCAAACUACAGCGAUUGUGUAUCCGCCUUUGCAACGCUAGAAGGUCUCGGCCAAAAUGCGGUGAAGGCCCACAUCGGCGAUAGGUGGUGGGCGAGCGUGGCCUCGACAUGUGCGGUUCAAGUCCACUAUAAGGGCGACUGGUCGAAGUGUGAGGCUACGCUCUCGGAUAUCUGGGCCCACGCCAAAGAUGUCUUCGAGGGGUGCCGUGGCGCCGGAACGAUGGGUGGUUACGUUCCGUUUGGUGUGCCGAAUUGUCCUGCGACGAUCGAUAUCGUGUCUAGUAGUCAGUGGAGCAACCCAAAUCAGGCUUAG